UGAAAGUAAAGCUAGCUCUGGAAUCCAAAGUUAUGAACAUGAGAGGAGAAUAAGUCAGCCUCUCCUGGACAAUGUUAGGUCGUUGGUGUAGCUGUCUAGUAUGCUAAGUCAGAAUGUUUAAAGAUGCAUUACGGUCUCCCCGUUCAUUGUGUAGGCUGACAAACUACAGCUCCCAGGAUGUCUCAAGUUGUAGCUGCUGAUAAAGGAGCGUCUGGUGUUGCAUUUCCGCCUGGGAGAUGUAGUCUGCGUAUUAAAACCUGGGCUUCUCGCCAGCUGGCGCUUUCUGAAGGUCCAGUUAGCCCACCUGGAGUGACACGCGCACGGCUGGCCACUCCCACACCGGAUGCGGGGACUCUCCGCGCUCUAGGCCACUCCUAUUCUGCGGCUGACCCCUAGUGGUCACGUGGAGCUGUUCGCCACGCAAGUCUGGGUCCUUCCGCGAUCGACCGGGGUCCUCGCUGCCCUGGAGUCGCUUCUGAGCUGCCUGUUCGCGCGAGAAUUUGGAGGGGUCGGUCUCUGGCUGGGGCUCGCACGGCAGCACCCCCGAACCCCGCUUAGGUGCCAGUUUGGGUCCGGGGAGCUGGGUCAGGCGGUCGCCGGGGCACCCGGUGUCUGGGAGGCUGUGAAGCGAUCUGGAAAAGCCGGGACAGCCCCACUCCCCCGCAGCCAGGUGUAGGUUCGAGAGACACCGCGGCCAAAGUGAGAGUCCGACGGUCUUCCAGUGCUUGGGCCACGGCAGCGGCCCUGGGAGCAGAGCUGCUACAUAGCCCUGGGAGCCACAGGCAGCAGAUGCUAAAGCACCUACAUUUAGGGCCUAACCUGUCGACGACGUAGUGUUGGAGACUGAGCCCGAAGUCCAGAGGUCGCGCUCCCACCCAUCGCCCUGGGGUGGAGCGACCCCAUCACGCUCAAGAUGAAAGGCUGGGGUUGGCUGGCCCUGCUUUGGGGGGCCUUGCUGGGAACUGCCUGGGCUCGGAGGAGCCAGGACCUACACUGCGGAGCUUGCAGGGCUCUGGUGGAUGAACUAGAGUGGGAAAUCGCCCAGGUGGACCCCAAGAAGACCAUUCAAAUGGGAUCUUUCCGCAUCAAUCCAGAUGGCAGCCAGUCAGUGGUGGAGGUGCCUUAUGCCCGCUCAGAAGCCCACCUCACAGAGCUGCUAGAAGAGGUAUGUGACCGGAUGAAGGAGUAUGGGGAACAAAUUGACCCUUCCACCCACCGCAAGAACUACGUACGUGUAGUGGGCCGAAAUGGAGAAUCCAAUGAACUGGACCUACAGGGCAUCCGAAUUGAUUCAGAUAUCAGCGGCACCCUCAAGUUUGCGUGUGAGAGCAUUGUGGAAGAGUAUGAGGAUGAACUCAUUGAAUUCUUUUCCCGAGAGGCUGACAAUGUUAAAGACAAACUUUGUAGUAAACGAACAGAUCUAUGUGACCAUGCCCUGCACAUAUCUCAUGAUGAGCUAUGAACUACUGGAGCAGCCUAGACCAGCUUGAUGGAUCACCCCCAGGAGGGGAAAUGGUGGCAAUGCCUUUUAUAUUAUGUUUUUACUGAAAUGAACUGAAAAAAUAUGAAAUCAAAAGUACAAA